GAAAUCAUAUGAAUACAGACAAAACACCGACUUUGAAACUUGGGAGGAAAGUCACGGGGGCUAAUGAGAGAGAGAGCGAGAGAUGGAUCUUGGGUAGAUUUCGUGUCGGUCGUUGAUCGACACAUUGGUUCUUAAUCUCUCCUCGUUCAGGAUUCCGUUCCUCUCUAUGGGUGUUAUGACUUGAACUUCCAGUUACAAGAUGUCGAUCACUGCUUUCCGUCCAGUUUAUGAAGAGCCUUUAAAAUUCCGGGGUCCUAGAGCUUGCCAGAACGAUCCCUGGACAAGGGACUCCAUUUUGAUAUACCUAACUGUUGCUGGGUCUGUGAUUCCAUUGCGAAUUCUGGAGUCGGAUUCAAUAGCAUCUGUUAAGCUUAGGAUUCAGGCAUACAAAGGGUUUUAUGUGAAAAAACAAAAAUUGGUCUUUGAAGGCAAAGAACUGGCUAGGAAUGAUUCUUACGUCCGGGACUAUGGGCUCUCUGAAGGUCAUGUCUUACAUCUUGUCCUUAGGCUCUCCGAUCUGCAAGCUAUUACUGUCCAGACUAUGUCUGGGGAGCAGUUUGAAUUUCACGUUGGGAGAAAAAGAAACAUAGGUUAUUUAAAGCGACAGAUUGCAAAGAAAGGGAAAGGGUUUCUUGAUAUGAAGGGUCAGGUGUUAUUUUGCAAUGAAGAGGAGCUUGAAGACCAGAGACUUAUAGAUGAUAUUUACAAAAAUGAUGAUGCUGUGGUCCACUUGGUGGUCCGUAAAUCAGCAAAAAUAAGGGUAAAAUCCGUGGAGAAAGAUUUUGAAGUUUCAAUUGUGUCAAUGGAAUUGGAUGAGAGGGAGUCUCACAUGGUAGGUGGGGAACAUGAUGAGUUUGGAAUGAUAUCUAGCAAACUUGAGGUUAUCGCUGUAAAACCACUGAAAAACGAUUUCCUUUUGGAACCACUAAUUGUUAACUCCGUUAUUGAACUUCCACUUGUUCUUAAGCGACUAAUAUCCUCUACUUUUGAUGGAUUAGAAAGAGGUAAUCAACCUGUAAGAUCUUCAGAGGGCUCAGGGGGUGCUUACUUCAUGCAAGAUUCUUUUGGUCAGGAUUAUAUUUCUGUUUUCAAGCCAAUUGAUGAGGAGCCCAUGGCUGUAAACAACCCUCAAGGUCUACCCAUGUCAAUUAAUGGGGAAGGUUUAAAGAAGGGCACAAGAGUAGGUGAAGGGGCUGUGAGAGAAGUUGCAGCUUAUAUUUUGGAUCAUCCAAGGAGUGGACCGCGCACAUCAAAUAAUGAUGGCAUUGGUUUUGCUGGUGUACCACCCACAGUAAUGGUUAAGUGCUUGCACCAAGGGUUCAAUUAUCCUCAUGGAUAUGAAUAUGCCUCAAAGAACAUUAAAAUUGGUUCAUUGCAGAUGUUCAUGAAGAAUUGUGGAAGUUGCGAGGACAUGGGUCCCCGUUAUUUCCCUGUGAAUGAGGUUCACAAGAUAUCCGUGUUGGACAUCAGGUUGGCAAAUACGGAUAGGCAUGCUGGCAACAUUCUGGUUCAAAGAGAUGAUGAAGAUCAUAUUGUGCUCAUACCAAUUGAUCAUGGUUACUGCCUGCCUGAGAAUUUUGAAGAUUGCACAUUUGAGUGGCUCUAUUGGCCACAAGCGCAGCAGCCUUACGCAUCCGACACAAUGGAAUACAUAAAAUCGCUGAACGCGGAGGAAGAUAUUGAACUUCUGAAGUUGUACGGAUGGCUGCUGCCCCUCGAGUGCGCGCGCAACCUUCGCAUUUCCACAAUGCUUCUGAAGAAAGGCGUGGAAAGGGGGCUGACUCCUUUUGCCAUCGGUAGCAUCAUGUGCAGGGAAACCUUGAAGAAGGAAUCCGUGAUCGAGCAGAUUGUCCGAGAAGCACAAGAAGCAGCGCUCCCCGGAACAAGCGAAGCGGCCUUGCUCGAAUCCGUGUCACGGAUCAUGGACUGCCGCCUUGACGAACUCUUCCCAUGAGAGCUGGGAAGAGUAGUGUAUAUAAAGAAGAUAGAUAUAGAUAUAGAUAUACAUGCAGUAUAUGCAAAGAACAGAACGUCGUUCAUAUGUUAAGAGCGAUGGACGGGGGGGGAUUUGAUGCUGUCUUCUUUUGAUGAACUCCAUGUUUUAUCCAACAUACAUUCAUUCUGUUUGAACUUUUCUGUUGAUUCAGUAAAACUCUUUGGUGGCUUUCCAUGGACCUUUUUUUAA